AUGAUAGGGGGACCCGGUGUUGGAAAAGGAACACAGUGUGCUAAUCUGGUCCGUGACUUCGGAUUUGUGCACUUGUCAGCUGGAGAUUUGCUUCGUGCUGAGCAAGAACGUCCAGGCUCGCAGUAUGGCGAUUUGAUCAGGAGCUAUAUCAAAGAAGGCAAGAUUGUUCCCAUGGAAGUUACUAUUGCCUUACUUGAGAACGCCAUGCUUGCUAGCGGUCAGACUAGAUUUUUGAUUGAUGGUUUCCCACGCAAGAUGGAUCAAGCAUUGAAAUUUGAGGAAUCUGUCGUGCCAAGCAAGUUCACGCUCUAUUUUGAAUGUCCUGAGGAGGUUAUGUUGCAGCGUCUGAUUAAGCGAGGAGAAACGAGUGGGCGUGAUGACGACAACAUUGAAUCGAUCAAGAAACGCUUCAAGACAUUCACGGAGACAAGCUACCCUGUAGUUGAGUACUAUAGCAAGAAGGGCAAGGUGCAUACGGUGUCAUGUGUGGAGGCACCUGAUGUCGUCUAUGGCAAAGUCAAGGUCAUUUUCGACAAAUUGUUUAGCGAAAACAAUUAA